GGCGCGCUGGGCGUACUGUCGCGCGCAGAGAGGCGGCACACGUGUCUCCCGGUGUGGGUUCUGAGUUUCACCCUACCCUUCAGGAUCGAGAGAUUGGCGUGGCCCCCAGACCCCUUUUGGUGUACGCUCACCCUGGCCUGUGUGAACGUGAUCCACGCAGUUCCCUGCGCUCAGGGAGCCAACUUGGUCAAGCAACUGUCCCGGGAGCGGCGCGCGGGGGGUACCGGGCACUGCGCAUGCGGAGCUCCAAAUUCAAACAGCUGUGUCCAGGGCUGCAGGACGGGUGAACCCGGAGCUGCUGGAAUUAGGGGACUCUUUCUCCUGGAGGUGGCCAUUCCAGAGCCAUGGUGGACCGGGGUCCCUUACUCACCUCGGCCAUCAUAUUCUACCUGGCCAUCGGGGCGGCGAUCUUCGAAGUGCUGGAGGAGCCACACUGGAAGGAGGCCAAGAAAAACUACUAUACACAGAAACUGCAUCUACUCAAGGAGUUUCCGUGCCUGAGUCAGGAGGGCCUGGACAAGAUCCUACAGGUGGUGUCUGAUGCUGCGGAUCAGGGUGUGGCCAUCACCGGGAACCAGACUUUUAACAACUGGAACUGGCCCAAUGCGAUGAUUUUCGCAGCCACAGUCAUCACCACCAUCGGUUAUGGUAAUGUGGCUCCCAAGACCCCAGCUGGGCGCCUCUUCUGUGUCUUCUAUGGUCUGUUCGGGGUGCCACUGUGCCUGACAUGGAUCAGUGCCCUGGGCAAGUUCUUCGGGGGACGAGCCAAGAGGCUGGGCCAGUUUCUUACAAGGAGAGGAGUGAGCCUGAGGAAGGCUCAGAUCACAUGUACGGCCAUCUUCAUCGUGUGGGGCGUCCUGGUCCACCUGGUGAUCCCGCCCUUUGUGUUCAUGGUGACGGAAGAGUGGAACUACAUUGAGGGCCUCUACUAUUCCUUCAUCACCAUCUCCACCAUUGGCUUUGGGGACUUUGUGGCCGGUGUGAACCCCAGCGCCAACUACCACGCCCUCUACCGCUACUUUGUAGAGCUUUGGAUCUACCUGGGGCUGGCUUGGCUGUCCCUCUUUGUCAACUGGAAGGUGAGCAUGUUUGUGGAAGUACACAAAGCCAUCAAGAAGAGGAGGAGGCGGAGGAAGGAAUCCUUCGAGAGCUCCCCACACUCCCGGAAGGCCCUGCAGAUGGCCGGAAGUACGGCCUCCAAGGACGUCAACAUCUUCAGCUUCCUAUCCAAAAAGGAGGAGACCUAUAAUGACCUCAUCAAACAGAUUGGGAAGAAGGCGAUGAAGACAAGUGGGGGUGGGGAGAGGGUCCCAGGACCUGGACACGGGCUGGGACCUCAAGGCGGGGAUGGCUUACCCAGCAUCCCUGCAUCCCUGGCACCUUUGGUGGUCUAUUCCAAGAAUCGAGUGCCCAGUUUGGAAGAGGUAUCUCAGACUCUAAGAAACAAAGGACACGUGUCAAGGCCACUUGGUGAGGACGCUGCGGCACAGACCCCCAAGGAAGGUUACCCAACCUCCGAAGUGUUUAUUAACCAACUGGACCGUAUCAGCGAGGAGGGUGAGCCGUGGGAAGCCCUGGACUACCACCCGCUCAUUUUCCAAAAUGCCAACAUUACCUUUGAGAACGAAGAAACCGGCCUCUCUGAUGAGGAGACCUCUAAGUCUUCCGUGGAGGACAACCUGACCUCAAAGGAGCAGCCUCAGCCGGGGCCCAUGACUGAGGUGCCCUCGAGCAGCACGGGUGAAUUCCCUUCAUCGGAUGAGUCCACCUUCACCAGCACUGAGUCAGAGCUCUCUGUGCCUUAUGAGAAGCUGAUGAACGAGUACAACAAGGCAGACAGCCCCAGGGGCACGUGAGGUGGGCCUGGCUCCCAGCUGCUUUCCAGUGGCUUCCUCUCACAAGGGAUGUCCUACGAUGGCCAGACCCUGGGGAGAAGGCUCUGGAAAUGAGAUGAGGAGCCAGGGACCUGCCUUUCCUUCUGUCCUCUCCACUUGGUUGCUUCCAUGGGAUGCAGUGUUGGCCCAGGACAGGCCUCCAUUCUGUGGCCCAGUGGGGAGGCUGCUGUCCUGGGCCUUCCCGGCUGGAGUAUCUGCUGACUCAGAGGCCUACAUGUAGACCUCAACACUCACCCUGGAGGUCCUGUGUUUGCUGCUGAAGCCUUCCCCAUCGUUCGGUUGACUGUCUUACGGUUCUCUGAGGCCAAGAGCCUCAGCUGAGUUCACCAGUGUUAAUGGGCAAAGCCCUUGUGCCCGGCACUAAACUAGACAUCUGGAAGGAGGAGGAGGAGCUUUUAAGACCCAAGGGGUUAGCAUGCGGUUCUCGGGGGUUCUGGGAAGGCACAGACAUGAUGGGGUUUGGGGCACCUCAGUACCCCAGCAGUAGCAGGGCCUACUUGCCCACCUGUUCAUCAACCUCCCAGCAAGCCCCUUACUGCAAACCUCAGGACAGGGGCCGUGGGAGAGGGGACAUGUGUAUCUCGUAUGUGGAGCCACGCUCACCUCAGAUCCCCUCUGAAGAGCAACAGCAGAUCAAAGGUCUCCUAGGCCCUGAAAGUGCAGGAGAAAGGUGGAAGCUCCGGGUGUGGUCAGAGAGCUCAGUAAUGAGGUGCAGGCCCCUCCGCCCCAGCCUAGGCGCCCACACUCCCAGCCCACCGUCUCAUUUUGUAGAGAUCCCUCACCGCUUCCCCCCCACCCCCCCUUAGCGGGGCCUGAAGAGUGAGGCCAAACUGCUCUUGGCUCACGGAACUGUGAAUUGAGCCCCCCCCGCCUCCAGCCACUGUGUGGUGUGAGCAUGCGCAGGUGCCAGUGGGCAUGUGUGCGCGCGCAUCCUGGCUGGGGAGAAAGGAAAAUGUGAAUCUUACUGGUCCAGCUCCUAGCGGCGUCUGGGAACUAGCUGCCGUAUAAUUGCUUGAUGCUCAGCCUUCAACCAGCCCACUCUGGCCUAAAUGCUUUUUUUGUUAUUAAUAUUUUUUUAACGAACUGUCAUUUUUUUUUUUUUUAUACCCAGAGCCAGUAAAGAACAGGGUCCCUGCCGUUGGGAUGGAGGUCUGUCUGUCAGGCACUCUGUUGUCUUCCCAACUCAGCUUGUCCUUUGUCUAGCCAGGGAGGGGCAGCCGCAGGUCUCAGGUGUGGGGCAGGAGAUAUGGAGUUCCCAGCUCAGCUGAUUACCUGCCUCAGCCCCUCCCCUUGCCCUGUUCGUUUGCCAAGGGGCGUAAUAGGGCCAGAGCCCCCACGUUAUGACAGUGAGAGGUGUGUGUCCAUACGUCCGCCAUCCUCAAAGCGGUUGCAGAGGCCACACCGGCCUCGGGGUGGGAGAAAGCCUGGCUCCUGUGAGAUGUCCUAAGCUGAAUGUCCCGGAGCCAUAGUAACCACACUGUAUGCAUGUACUGGUGGUGAAGGCAGGUGUAAUUUAUUUUAACAUUUUUUUUACAAUAAAACACAUGAACAAGCCCGA